AGAAGAGAACUAUUCCAUUGAAGCACACAGGUCAAUGUUAUGUACACAAAAAUUUAGAGAUUAUUUUUUUUGUCUCACGAAAGCACUGCGCACUCUUUAGAUAUCAUUGACUAUUGAGUGUCAUUGAAGUUAUGUUGUGACGUUCUUCAAGAUUCGUCUGUAUUUUUGCGCUUGUUUAUGCUGAACAGCUUUGACAAUCACUGUUUACAGUACAUGAAGUAGGUCAUUGGUGUUAGCAUGUUUCUGGUGGGGUUAACUGGCGGUAUCGCUUCCGGGAAGAGCACAGUGUCGUCUCAGCUGAGAGAACUGGGAUGUCCGGUGAUUGAUGCGGAUGUAGUUGCUCGCAAAGUGGUGGAGAUUGAGAGCCCAGCGUACAGGCUCAUCCUGCAGCAUUUUGGACGGGAGGUUUUGUUAGAGAAUGGAGAGAUUGACAGACAGAAACUGGGGCAGAUCAUCUUCUCCAACCCUGAGAAACGAAGACUUCUCAAUUCCAUUACACAUCCAUUAAUACAUAAAGAAAUGUUCAAACAGAUUCUGCUGUACUUCAUUAAAGGCUACAGAUAUGUGAUUUUGGAUGUGCCUCUGCUUUUUGAAACACGACGUCUCACUCGUUUCUUAACCCACACUGUUGUAGUUUACUGUGAUCCAGCAACACAGCUGUCCAGACUCAUGCAGAGAGACGGUCUGAGCCACGAGGAAGCUGAACAGAGAAUCGCUGCCCAGAUGCCCCUCAAUGAGAAGCGUGGACUGGCCAGCCACGUCAUCGAAAACUCGAGCUCUCGUGAGGACACUCACAGACAAGUUCUCCGUUUGCACACCAAGCUGGAGGACUCCAUGGAGUUUUUGGUCGUAAGGGCCGUCGCUUUAGCAGCUGUCGCUGGGCUCGGCGGUCUUUUCUUAUAUACAGUCAAACUGUUUGUCUCUUAGCAAACGCACAGAACUACUUUCACACCAAGAUAUCCACGGCGAUACAUCUGAUCGUUAUUUUAUAUUUUAACAUUUUAAGUUUUUGUUCCAUUUGAAUUGUUUUGACUUGAUAACCGUCUAAAUCACUCUCACUCACAGAGCUGUAUUUAUAAAACACUUAAGGCUAACUUGGCGGACCCAGGCGUUUCACAAAGCACAGAAAUUGCUGUGAAUUAUACCUCUGUGAUGCAAGAUGCGCUAACAAUGCACUUACAGUAUGUUAGCUUAAAUACUGUAUAAAAUAUAGGAACGUAAUGAUGUGAAGUUUUCUUACCUCUACACAUGUUUGUUAGUUAUUAUGAGUUCGAACACACACACACACACACACACUAAAAGUACUGAAUGUAUCUGCUGCUGUUUAUCAGAUAUAUACUGGAUGACUUAUAUAAGAAUUAAACUGUCACAUCUUGGCCUGUUUUUCUCUAUGUUAUGCUGAAUGACUCAUGCAGUAAAUAUAAGGCAAGGCACAUGAGAUAAGGCCAUCUUGCACAUGCUUGACAUUAAAGUUGGUCAACAUAACUCGUAUCCAGAGACUCAUUUAAUUUAGGCAAGCAGUAAGAAAACCAGAGAUUUCUCUAUAUUUGUAUCAGUGAAGAAAGUGUAGCGGUCAACUUUCAUGUGCAUCUUGUGCAAAAAAAUUAAAAAUGAGGAAGUAGUGCCAUGAACUAACACAUGCAUGUAAAAAAUAAAUCUUAAAGGGCGCUUAUUAUGCAAAAUCCACUUUAAUCCAAGGUGUUCGGACAUUAAUGUGUGUUGGCAGUGUGAACACAACAACGCCAAAGUCAUUGCCACAUGAAGCAGUGAGGCAACAAAUCAGUUGCUUUGGGUUUUGGACGCAGCCAUGUCGUUUUGAUUUUCUUGUUAAUGUGAUGUCACACUGAUAAAGCUCCGCCCACAGCCACUGACUUACAGUCUUGCAUUAUCAUAGUUUAACCUAUCAUAGGUUGUCUGCCAUAUCUCAACAGUGUGAGAUACUAUUGCUUCAGACUGUAUUUACAGGAAUCAGAUCUCUAUUUUAACGAAAGCGCUCAUUGUCUCUUUUGGUAAAGGGAGUGAGGAGCAGCAGCUAAUUUGCAUUUAAAGGUACAGACACGAAAACAGCACAUUUUUGCUCCCAUCCAAAUAGAGGCAUUUUGGACAUGCUAUAAUAAAUGAUCUGUGAGGUACUUUGAGCUUAAACUUUACAGACACAUUUUGGGACUUGUAUGAAUGGUCAUAAUAGGUGCCCUUAAUACACAUAAAUUAUAUUUAAUGCAAAAGUAUGAUUUGUCUAUGCAAGUCCUAAAAUCUUUUCAGUACUUUUUUGUCACAAAGGCUACAUUUAUAUGGGUGUAGGGGUAUGUAAUUAUUAUUAUUAUUAGUAAUAUUAUUAUUCUAAUAGAUGGACACACGGACAGAUGUGACAGUGAGUUCUUGCUUUAUCUUUCUCACUCACUCCACACAUCUUAAGGCUUGGCCUGUGGUUAUGGUCUCUGUCUUUAAUAAGCUUUUCUUAUGCUAAUACAGAGUGACGCGGGCCAGCGGCUCUGAGGAGUACAGUAUAAGACCUCUGGAUCUCUUUGUUUGUGUGUGAAUUUGAUUUUGUGUGUGUUUUUUAUGGGAGUCACCCAUGUAUGUGACCCUGGACCACUAAACCAGUCACACAGCUAUAUAGCCAACAAAACAUUUAAUGGGUCAAAAUUAUACAUUUUAUGGCAAAAGUCAUUAGGAUAUUAAGUAAAGAUCAUGUUCCAGGAAGAUAUUUGUACAUUACAUAUCAUAAAUAUAUAAAAAAUGUAUCUAUCAUUAAUAAUAUUUGUUGCUAAGGACUUUAUUCUGAGAACUUUAAAGACGAUUUCUUAAUAUUUAGAUUUUUUUGUAGCCUCAGAUUCCAGAUUUGUUGCAUCUCUGCAAAAAUAUUGUCAAUAUCAUAACAAACCAUGCAUCAAUAGAAAGCUUAUUUAUUCAGCUUUCAGAUGAUAAACAAAUCUUAAUUUUAAAUUUUCAAAUACCUUUAUGAUUGCUUUUGUGGUCCAGGGUCACAUAUAUUCGAUCAGUGUGUAUUUUAAUCCACGCUGGUCUAACACAAACACAAUAAAAUGGUCCUUAUUGUUACUGUAAUCUGUCUGGAUGUAGUAAUUGACCUGUUGUAAUUUAUUGUAAUGUAUG